AUGUUUGCUCCUCCUCAGGCACCUUGGGCAUUUCCUGUCCUAUCUCUUGCAUUUCAUGGCAAUGUUGCUUGUCAUAUACUGACCAAUACUGAACAGAAAAGAAUGAUGCAGGCUACAGCAAGGAAAAUGAAUUGGCACUCUGCAACAGGUGUCGGUCAUAUCCAUCAACUUCUGUGGGCACCGUGCAACAAUAGUAGUAGUGUGGGGAAAGAGAAACUAGCCAAGGGUUUGAAUGUCGAAGGUGUUGAUGCAUUGCUAUAUGUUUGUGCAGACCUCAAUCGAGUCCCCUUGCAACUACCUAAACGAGAUGUCAAACAGAUUCUAAUCUAUCAACUGAUUGAUUUGCGCAUGACUCAGCCAUUAGAUGCCUUCUCCUGGACACCAGUUGAUUCACCUGCUGUUCUUGAUUGUGUUAGGCAUUAA